UUUAAUUUAAUUUGGUCGUCAGGACUUGCACCUCAAGGCUCAAGUCACCGGCCCGAGUCUGCUCCACGGCCUGAAUCACGUUGAAUCUUUUGUUCAUUAGUAUUAAUAACUCGGGUUUGUAUAAUCAAAAGGAAACAAGUAAUUUAGAUCGAUCAUAGUGCAAAAUACACAUUCACAUUUAACAUAUGAGGAUAUGGGGUAGAGAAAUAAUAUCCAUAUAUGUGUAUCAAGUAGAGAUGGAAAUUGGUACGGUAUUUGGUAUCGGAAUACCAAUACUAAAAUCUUAAAUAACGAAUUACAUCCUACAAUUUAUGUCAAUCUCAAUCCCCUAAAUAAUUUUGAUAUCUCAAUCCCUAAAUAUUUUGGUAUCACAAUCGAUAUUAUUGAAUACAAAAUUAAUUACCUUUGCAGUUAAUAAUUAAAUAUAUAUAAAUUUAAUUUAAUUGUUUAAUUUAGGGCAAAGAGACUAAGCAACGAGUAUUGAGUUUGCCUAGAGCUAGGACACCGAAUAACACUUGAAAAUGAAUCUCAAUCCCAAUUCCUAGAAAAUAAGUCGGUAUCCGAUAAUACCUAAUAGUGAUAAAUUCGAUAUGGUAUACAGUAUACCCCAAAUAUCGGUACCAAACUUCGAGCCCUAUAUCAAGUAUUGAACCCUUGACUUUUUGGAUAAUGAAUAAGUAUCGUAUCACUACACUACAUAUUAUUUCUUGUUUAUUUUCAAUUUUAUUAAUUAAUUUUAUUUAUUAAUUUUAUGAGAAGAGGACACAGGUAUGUUUGAAUCCUGGCUUCGCCACUGACUCCAACGGCAAUUAAUUUUGCCCAUCUACGCCAUUAAUUUCCUCGUCCUCUUUUUUCAGAAAUGCCAGAUCACAUUAUAGUAAAAGCGACGAGAUCCACUCUCAAGUCUUGAUCGAUACAUUAUCAUUUGGUAUAUUGAUGAAAUCCUUUGACCCAAACACAAUUGUAUACAACAACUGGAUAAUCACCCAGACUUGCGUCGGUUAUACAGUUAUUCACUCAUUCGAUCGAUAGAGAACAUCCUCGGUGCAUCACCAUCUUAGAGACCCACAAUCGCAUGUGUCAACACGGUUUAUCAUCGUACUACCAGAGCGCAUCUCAAAGGUGCGCACCAACACGGUUUAUCAUCGUACUAUAUGUUUUUUUAACCAUAUCGCGACAAUAAAUAAACUUCAUUUAUUUUUAUUAAUAAUACGAAUUAGGAUUGUCUCGAAACCGAAAAUUACCAAUUGGCAAAUUCCGGUGAGUAACCAAAUAGUGAGAGUAGUAAGUAGUACACAAAAGACAACCUGUCCUCCACCAACAUACAGCCUGGCAUUGUCCUCUUCCCUCUCCUCCUCCACUGCUCUCUGUUCUAUGCAAUGGAUUCGUUCUUCUCCUUCUUCUUCCUCCCAUCUCUCCUCCAUAAUCUCUUAUUAUACAAAAAUUAAUGGAAAAAAACUCCAAUUUCCCCUUUCCAAAAAACACGACAAAUUGUCAAUUUCCUACGUGGCACCCACGGCACAUCUCACGAGGCGUCUCUUUCCUCUCACUCCCUAUAUAACUUUCUCCCUUCCAUUUCUCCUCUCGCCAUUCCAGCCUUCUCCGAUCAGAAAACCAAAGUACAAAAUUAGCAAAUCAAUCGCUUUUCCCGUGACUGGAAAACAACAAGAGCCCAUCAUUCAGAUUUCGUUAAAGUCUCGAUCUUUAUCGAUUCCGGCCGAUUUUGAAUACGGAAAUGGGCAACUGCCGAUCUUGCGAUUCUACACGCGUCGGCGGCGGCGCGUCGACGGCGAAGCUGAUCCUCCAGGACGGGAGGCUCCAGGAGUUCUCUUAUCCGGUGAAGGCGUCGUUCGUCCUGCGGAUGAUUGACACCCACGCGCCGCACUUCAUAUGCAACGCCGACGAGAUGGAGUUCGACGACGCCGUUUUGGCGGUCGACGACGAGGAGGAGCUCCAGCCGGGGCAGCUCUACUUCGCCCUCCCCGUCGCCUGGCUCCGGCGGCCUCUCCAGCCGGAGGAAAUGGCCGCAUUGGCCGUGAAGGCCAGCUCGGCGUUGAUGAAGACUUCCGCCGGCGGCGGCAUCGAUUUCGAGAAAUCUGGGUGUCGUAGUGAUGUGGGGAAGUGCCGGCGGCGAGGGUCCGCUCCCCCCGCGGCGUCUGCCGGCGGGAGGAGGAGUAGGAGGAGGGGAAGCAGCAGCGGUAGCGAGAAGAAGUUUGCGGCGAUGUUGAGCGCCAUACCGGAGUGAGCCGGAAGGGUAGUUUGGGAAAUGAGUGUAAAUAUAUUAGACGAAGAUUCCAUGGAAAAUUGAGCCCUCUUGUUGAGGAUGUCACCCAUUUAUGGGCUGUAUUACAAUUUUACCCCUAGAUGAGUUGAUGAUGAAUUGAUGAGCCUUUGUUGUUCAAAAGAAAUUCAUAUGAUGGUCAUUGGUGAUUAUGAUUUCUUCUCCUUCAUUAACCUUUGAUUUCUGAACUGUGAAAGUUUCCAAUUUAGGAACUUUAAUCACAAAUUAUGAUACUAAACAGAUUUGAUAUUUGUACUAGUAAAUAAUCACUUUCAAGAUCUACCGUCGUUCAAUAUCGAUAACGAAAUUAAUCGAUCAUCGGAUCCCUGCAUUUCUGUUGUCGAUCCUGGUGAAAAGUUAAAAACUAUUGGAACUUUAUAAUCUCAGUCAUAUUUCUGUUUCUAAUUGAGAUGAUGGCGUGAUUAGGCAUUGUAAAUUGCACUAAUUGGAUAUUAUUUACGCGGUAUAAAUUUAUUACUUAUGCUUUGAUUAUUAUUAUUUUUUUUUUUACAACCGGUUGUUUACUUAUUUAGUUAUUUACAAUCCAGCAGUUGGAUCUUAAAAAAAGGAUGUUUACCGAGCUGUGAAUGACAGGGCAGGCAUGUUGCUUGCAAAGUCAGCCUACGCGGAAUUUAACUCCGACGAAAACUGGAACCGAAUUCUAAUUCCAGUACUGCCCGAUUAAAUUAAAAUUAAUUGAUAAUAAUUUCUUUCUUUUUCCGUUGAAUAUUAAUAAGAAUUUCCCAACACCAUUUCCACGAUAAACACACUCUUGGUGUUGAUUAAUAAGAUGAUUAGCACAUAAUUAGUGUGUAAGCAGCAAUUAAUUAGGAUGAUUACUUGGGGAUUUAUAUUCAAGCGUGUGAAAUUAAGGAUGAAUCAUACUAGAAUAACUAGUAAAAUACGGUAUGAGUAUAUUACGGUAUUAAUUUUGAAAUAAUGAUGCGUUUAAAAAUUCAGCAUCAAAUAUAAAAUAUUACAAGUUUAUGAUCGAAUAUAAAUAAAUAAAAAUUAAAUUUUCAA